AUGCAAAUCUUCGUCAAAACUUUAACAGGUAAAACAAUCACUUUAGAAGUUGAAUCUUCUGACACUAUUGAUAACGUCAAAUCCAAGAUUCAAGAUAAAGAAGGGAUCCCACCAGAUCAACAACGUUUGAUUUUUGCUGGUAAACAAUUAGAAGAUGGUCGUACUUUAUCAGACUACAACAUUCAAAAAGAAUCAACAUUACAUUUGGUCUUAAGAUUAAGAGGUGGUAUGCAAAUUUUCGUCAAAACUUUGACUGGUAAAACUAUCACUUUAGAAGUUGAAUCUUCAGACACUAUUGACAAUGUUAAAUCAAAAAUUCAAGACAAGGAAGGUAUUCCACCUGAUCAACAACGUUUGAUUUUUGCUGGUAAACAAUUAGAAGACGGUAGAACCUUAUCUGAUUACAAUAUCCAAAAAGAAUCAACAUUACAUUUGGUCUUGAGAUUGAGAGGUGGUAUGCAAAUUUUCGUUAAAACUUUGACUGGUAAGACCAUUACUUUAGAAGUUGAAUCAUCAGACACCAUCGAUAACGUUAAAUCCAAAAUUCAAGACAAAGAAGGUAUUCCACCUGAUCAACAACGUUUGAUUUUCGCUGGUAAACAAUUAGAAGAUGGUCGUACUUUAUCAGACUACAACAUUCAAAAAGAAUCAACAUUACAUUUGGUCUUAAGAUUAAGAGGUGGUAUGCAAAUUUUCGUUAAAACCUUAACAGGUAAAACUAUUACUUUAGAAGUUGAAUCUUCCGAUACUAUUGAUAACGUCAAAUCAAAAAUCCAAGAUAAAGAAGGUAUUCCACCAGAUCAACAACGUUUAAUUUUCGCUGGUAAACAAUUAGAAGACGGUAGAACCUUAUCAGACUACAACAUUCAAAAAGAAUCAACAUUACAUUUGGUUUUAAGAUUGAGAGGUGGUAUGCAAAUCUUUGUUAAGACUUUGACUGGUAAAACUAUCACUUUAGAAGUUGAAUCUUCAGAUACUAUUGACAAUGUUAAAUCAAAAAUCCAAGAUAAAGAAGGUAUUCCACCUGACCAACAACGUUUAAUUUUCGCUGGUAAACAAUUAGAAGAUGGUAGAACCUUAUCUGAUUACAAUAUUCAAAAAGAAUCAACAUUGCAUUUGGUCCUUAGAUUAAGAGGUGGUGAAUCUUUAUAA